CACAGAACCCACUCAUUCACUGUUAGCUAGCUAGAGCUAACGUUACUACGAGUAUCUUUGUUACUAGCUACUACGCUGACAAUGGAGGUCCCAGGGCCAGACAGCGAAUGGAGAAGUCCCGCAUUCCGACAGAAAGUAGUUGCACAGAUCGAGGAGGCGAUGCGGAAGGCGGGCACCGCGCACACCAAGUCCAGCAACGACAUGGAGAAUCACGUCUUUGUCAAGGCCAAGUCCAGAGAUGAAUAUCUCUCCCUGGUCGCAAGGCUGAUCAUACACUUCAGAGACAUCCACAAGAAGGCACAAGGAGGUCCAGACCCCAUGAACGCGCUGCAGACGCUGACCGGCGUGGGCACGGGUGGCCCCGGGGGGAUGGUCAUCGGGCCACGCCCUCCCGGCGCCCAGAUGGGCAACAUGGGAGGCCUGGGGCAGAUGCAGAUGGCCCAGCACGGUAUGCAGGGCGUACCUGCCAACGCCCAGUCCCUUCCGGCGCCGCCGAUCCAGAUGCAGCCAAUCGGGCAGCAGCAGCAGCACCAACAGCAGCAGUUCCAGCAGUACCAGGCGCAGCAGCAGCAGAACGCCAUGCAGCAGCAGCAGACGGCCAUGCAGCAGCAGAACACCAUGCAGCAGCAGCAGAACGCCAUGCAGCAGCAGUUCCAGGCGCAGCAACAGCAGCAGCAGCAGCAGCAGCAACUCCUGCAACUGCAGCAGCAGCUGCAGCAGCAGGCGCAACAGCAGCAGCAGCAGGCACAGAACCAGCAGCAGCAGCAGCAGCAGAAUCCCCAGCAGCUGCGGCUCCAGCAGCAGCAGCAAUUUGUGCAGGCGCAGAUCCAGCAACAGCAGGCACAGGCGCAGAUCCAGCAGCAGCAGGCACAGACGCAGGCCCAGGCCCAGGCCCAAGCUCAGGCCCAGGCCCAAGCACAGGCCCAGGCCCAGGCCCAGGCACAGGCUCAGGCUCAGGCCCAAGCCCAGGCCCAAGCCCAGGCACAAGCCCAGGCACAAGCACAAGCGCAGGCCCAGGCGCAGGCCCUGCAGCAGCUGCAGUCGCAGCACCAGGCCCAGGCGCAGCAGCAGCAGCACAUGGUCCAGCCGCCGCAGGGCUCACAGCCCCCCUCCGCACAGCUGCCCCCCCACUCCCAGCAGCAGGCCAUGGCGCCCCAGUCUCUGGCCGGCCAGAUGGCCGCCCAGCACAUGAGCGGCCUGGGCCCUCAGCACCAGCAGCAGCUAAAGGCCUUACAGCAGGCUCGGGCCAUUCAGCAGCAGCAGCAGCAGCAGCAGCAGGCGGCGGCGGCGCAGCAGCAGGCAGCAGCUCAGGCCCAGCACACCGCAGCAGGACCCGGGCCGAUGAUGAUGGCUCGAUCUGGAAUGACCCGGCUUCCCCGAGUCAACCAGGCCGCCGCUAUUCCUCCCAACUCUGCUGCCAUGGGAGGCCAGCAAUUGCAACAGCAGGUCCAGCAGCAUCAGAUGAUGUCAUCGCCCUCUCCGGUACAGGUGCAGACCCCCCAGUCCAUGCCCCCCCCUCCCCAGCCACAGCCUUCGCCCCAACCCCCCACCUCCCAGCCCAACUCCGUCAGCUCCGGCCCCACCCCUUCCCCCGGUGGGUUCCAGCCGAGCCCCUCCCCCCAGCCGUCCCAGAGUCCAGCCACGGCCCGCACCCCCCAGAACUACGGCGUGCCCUCCCCUGGCCCCCUCAACACCCCAGGAAACCCCAGCUCAGUGAUGAGCCCAGCAGGAGCGUCGCAGACAGAAGAGCAGCAGUACCUGGAGAAGCUCAAACAGCUGUCCAAGUACAUCGAGCCACUGCGCAGGAUGAUCAACAAGAUCGACAAAAACGAAGAUCGCAAGAAGGACUUGAGCAAGAUGAAGAGCUUGUUGGACAUCCUGACGGACCCUUCCAAACGGUGUCCCUUGAAGACCCUGCAGAAGUGCGAAAUCGCCCUGGAGAAGCUGAAGAACGACAUGGCCGUGCCGACCCCGCCCCCCCCUCCCGUGCCCAGCACGAAGCAGCAGUACCUGUGCCAGCCCCUGCUGGACGCCGUCAUGGCGAACAUCCGCUCGCCCGUGUUCAACCACUCCCUGUACCGCACCUUCGCCCCCGCCAUGACCGCCAUCCACGGCCCGCCAAUCACGGGGCCCGUGAUCGCCGCCCGAAAGCGGAAACACGAGGACGACGACCGGCAGACCAUCCCCAACAUCCUGCAGGGGGAGGUGGCCCGCCUCAACUCCAAAUUCCUGGUGAACCUGGACCCCUCGCACUGCAGCAACAACGGGACGGUGCACCUCAUCUGCAAACUGGACGAUAAAAACCUUCCCAGCGUCCCCCCCCUGCAGCUCAGCAUUCCCGCAGACUACCCCGAGCAGAGCCCCCAGUGGGCUGACCACGCCCAGCAGUACGGUGCGAACCCGUUCCUGCAGACGGUCCACAGAAACAUGACCUCCAAGCUCCUGCAGCUUCCUGAUAAACACUCGGUGACAGCGCUGCUCAACACCUGGGCCCAGAGCGUGAGGCAGGCCUGCCUGUCCGCGGCCUAGCGCCCCCCGCAGGCACCUCCCGGCGCAGCAGGCGGCCUUCUCCGCGGCUGCGCCGGGCUAUGAACUGGCUUCGGCUGCCAAUCAACAAACGUCCCUCCCCCACUUCCCCCCCAUUUGUAGGAAACUGUGCUGAAAAAGAAUGUAUUCUCCUUAAUUGUAUACUUUUUGCCAUGUAAACCUUUUUUAAGUGCAUAUAUAUAAUCAAAGGUAAUUUUCCUGUGUAGCUGACAAUAAAUAUUUUGCUGUUCAGUUA